ACAGUGCACUUGAACUGGCCAUUGCAGCGGAACCCGAUCUCAUAUAGACAGCCGGUGGCAGCAGGCGCUGGCUCCUUCGUUCUCGGCGCCCGCUGUGUAGAGGCCCUCGGAAGCCGUUUCCCGUUCUCGUUGCAACUCGUGCUUCCACGGAGCCAAUCGACGCGUGCGCGCGUUUCCUCGCCCUCUGUUUGCCCGAGCCGGAAAUACCCCAGCAAUAUUCUUUUUUGUCCAUCACUGCCUCGGUGGCAUCGCGUACGUACCAACUCGGGCGCCUGCAGCAACUCUUGCAGAAACGCACCAGCUGUAAAGCCGUGGGAGCUCAGCAUUCCGUGGGUGGUCACAAAGAUUACGAGGGCAGCCGCAACCAUGGAGAAAAUUAAACAAGCCGAAAAGCUUUCCAUUUUCGGACUCAAGGCCUUCAGAACGCACAAGGAGGUGAUCCCUCUUGUCGCGAUCAUGUCAGUGGCCACCAUCGGCUGCAUGGGCUUCAGCUUGUACACGAUGAUGAAACCGGAUGUACAGUGCAGCAGAAAAGACAAGAUCCCGUCCUGGAUGCGGUACAAAGCCGACAAGACACAAAAGCUCUACACAUCGGAAAAAGACUGGAAGCUUGACCAACGGACCGUCGAGCUGGAGAAACUGCGCAAGGAGAUCGGAUCCACGCGCUGAGCUUUUCGAGAGUCCAAGUUCAUGCUCGCGAGCCUGGUGCCAUUUCCGUGUUCGUGUUACCUUGUGUAGGUUGCGACUUCAGGCACUCUGCCGAUUUGUGAUGAGGAACACAAAAUUUUCACGGGCUUCUGCCUAGUUCCAGUUCACUGCGAAAACAGUAAACACUACUUAGAAAUUGCUGA